AUGCCACGGCAACGUUUUCUGCGACUGGACAUACCUGCGAUCGAGAUUCAGCGCCAUGCAGUUAGUAAGAAAGAGCGCGUGAACGUUCAGCGAAGGGUUUCCUCCCGGCGAAAGCUCCAGCUUCGGGAGGCAGGGGAUGCUAGGAGUGGACGGGAGAUUAUUGAAGCCGCCAGAGCAGCGUACGAAGACGAGGAUAGUUCUUUGACGUCACCAAUUAGCAGCUACGCAGUAAAUUUAGGGUUUUCACCUCAGCCCGACGUUGCGUUGAACCCCGCGCAUGAGAAAAACGGGGGACCGCUUUCACUUGAGCCGUCCUGGGCUAUCUCUUUUGACAGCGCCUCCAACACCCCUGCGAGAGAAUCAAGACGUAGAGGAACCUCAGUGGGGUCCGAGUCUAGCAGAGUAUUUCACGUGGUGCACGACAGAAUAGGAAGGCGGACAGCAGCAGGACAUCAUUGGGUUCCAGAACAGCCGCUACGUGCGGAAGAAAGACGAGAGACAAUAUCACGAAAAAUUCUAUCUUUGGAAGAGACAGAGUCGUUUUCAAACAUUAUACAAAUGAUGUUCCAAGACCGAUUAAUUCAAGCAAAACUACGCUAUUUACGUCAACAAAAGGAGGAACAGUUGUGGGAGGCUCUUCAGGAUGCUCAUAUGUGCAUAAUGAAGGAGGAGGAACGCCGCAAUUUGAUUGUUAGUAAGGAGCAUCUGGAUCGCCGGAGAAUAGAGGCUGGCUACAUCGGCAAAGAAGAUUUCGAGGAGAGCGAAGGACGUGAAACCGCAGAUGCCAAGGAUUGGUUUUUUUCCGCAUUUCAACUUGCCCUCCAGCAGACCGGACUAACCGAAAACGCUGCAAGACAAAAGAGUUAUUUGGAAUACAGCAAGCAGCGGAAUUCAAUUUACUCGCAGUUUCAAAACACAAUGAACACUCUUAAAAAGGGCCAGUCUCCAAAAGGGUACGCUGGAAGCACGUUGGCCGCCAAUUUCUCGAAGAGCGAACAAGAACUCAUCAAUGAGUACGAGGAGAAUGUGGACAGGAUAAUGGAUGAAGAGAUUUAUUCUCUUAUGGAUAUUAUUAUUCACCGUAACAAGGCAGCGACAAGCAAAGAAUUUGUCAUGGAAGAGAAACUUCACAAGAAUGAUUUCUUAACUGAGACCACUACAGGCAACCACGCCGUCCGCAAGCUAGCACAUCCCCCCAGAUUGUCAGUGCAAAAGUUGUCCUCACAGACACCCUUAACAACUACCAAUUACAACGUUUUGAUAGAAGCCAGAACAAUUAUUGAAACAGAUGAAGAGGAGGCAAGAGACAUUGUCCUUGAUGAAGAAAUCCUGCAAUUAAUAAAAAUAAUUGAAGAAACAAGACUGAUACAAACAAACAAGAACACAAACAAUGGAGAAAACCCACUUUCCACAAAAAUGUCGAGAAAUAUCACCAAUGGAAUGGGAACAGUAUUUAACACAAUAAUGGGAUUAAGCCCAAUAACCAAAGAAGAAAGAACAACAACAUACAUCGAAAACCUAAAAAGAGACCAACAACAUAGCUCCAUGCAAAACAUCGAUAUGACUCAUGUACAAAAGAAUAACACCGCUCGCGGUCAGCUGGUCGGCGAGGAGCGCGAGGGCACGUGUGGAUUGCACCGCGAUGCCGUGGAUUCCGAGGAGGGAGCGGUGCGCCGCUGCCUGGAGCGCGGCGAGGCUGCGGCUGUGGACGAGCUUGGAGAGGAGUACAGGAGCGCGACACAUGAGCGAGCAGUGGAGGCGCUAGCCGCGGAGGAGGACGCCGCUCGCGGUGAGCUGGUCGGCGAGGAGCGCGAGGGCACGUGUGGAUUGCACCGCGAUGCCGUGGAUUCCGAGGAGAGAGCGGUGCGCCGCUGCCUGGAGCGCGGCGAGGCGGCGGCUGUGGACGAGCUUGGAGAGGAGUACAGGAGCGCGACGCAUGAGCGAGCAGUGGAGGCGCUAGCCGCGGAGGAGGACGCCGCUCGCGGUGAGCUGGUCGGCGAGGAGCGCGAGGGCACGUGUGGAUUGCACCGCGAUGCCGUGGAUUCCGAGGAGGGAGCGGUGCGCCGCUGCCUGGAGCGCGGCGAGGCUGCGGCUGUGGACGAGCUCGGAGAGGAGUACGGGAGCGCGACGCACGAGCGAGUAGUGGAGGCGCUAGCCGCGGAGGAGGACGCCGCUCGCGGUCAGCUAGUCGGCGAGGAGCGCGAGGGCAAUUAUGGAUUGCACCGCGAUGCCGUGGAUUCCGAGGAGAGAGCGGUGCGCCGCUGCCUGGAGCACGGCGAGGCUGCAGCUGUGGACGAGCUCGGAGAGGAGUACGGGAGCGCGACGCACGAGCGAGUAGUGGAGGCGCUAGCCGCGGAGGAGGACGCCGCUCGCGGUCAGCUAGUCGGCGAGGAGCGCGAGGGCAAUUAUGGAUUGCACCGCGAUGCCGUGGAUUCCGAGGAGAGAGCGGUGCGGCGCCGCCUGGAGCGCGGCGAGGCUGCAGCCGUGGACGAGCUCGGAGAGGAGUACGGGAGCGCGACGCACGAGCGAGUAGUGGAGGCGCUAGCCGCGGAGGAGGACGCCGCUCGGGGUCAGCUAGUCGGCGAGGAGCGCGAGGACACGUGUGGAUUACACCGCGAUGCCGUGGAUUCCGAGGAGAGAGCGGUGCGGCGCCGCCUGGAGCGCGGCGAGGCUGCAGCUGUGGACGAGCUCGGAGAGGAGUACGGGAGCGCGACGCACGAGCGAGUAGUGGAGGCGCUAGCCGCGGAGGAGGACGCCGCUCGCGGUCAGCUAGUCGGCGAGGAGCGCGAGGGCAAUUAUGGAUUGCACCGCGAUGCCGUGGAUUCCGAGGAGAGAGCGGUGCGGCGCCGCCUGGAGCGCGGCGAGGCUGCAGCUGUGGACGAGCUCGGAGAGGAGUACGGGAGCGCGACGCACGAGCGAGUAGUGGAGGCGCUAGCCGCGGAGGAGGACGCCGCUCGCGGUCAGCUAGUCGGCGAGGAGCGCGAGGACACGUGUGGAUUACACCGCGAUGCCGUGGAUUCCGAGGAGAGAGCGGUGCGCCGCUGCCUGGAGCGCGGCGAGGCUGCAGCUGUGGACGAGCUCGGAGAGGAGUACGGGAGCGCGACGCAUGAGCGAGCAGUGGAGGCGCUAGCCGCGGAGGAGGACGCCGCUCGCGGUCAGCUAGUCGGCGAGGAGCGCGAGGGCGCGUGUGGAUUGCACCGUGUUGGUGGAAAGCGAUUGCUCGGUGUCGUGGAUGGUAUUUUACAGGUGUCUGUUGGUGUUUGGAGUUUCGGAUGUUUGUGA